CAGCUCUAGCGCCUUUGUGUGGAGGAGUGCGGCGCUGCUGUUUAAACACACACGCAGGGGAGCCAGGCAGCUAACCAUGGUGAAUGUAAAGAAACGGAAAGGUCGGGUCGUGAUUGACUCUGACUCGGAGGAUAGUGCUAGCGAUGAUAAUUUGGAUCAGGAGCUGCUGUCUCUUGCCAAGAGAAAGCGUGUGGAUUCUGAUGAGCAGGAAGAGCCUGUUAGUAAACCUGCCGCCUCCACAGACUCUGAGACAUCAGACAGUGAUGAUGAGUGGACUGUCGGAGGCACUAAAACCAAAAAGAAAGGGAAGCCUAGCAAAGGGCCCGAAAAGAAGAACACAGUCAAGAAAAGAAAGGGCAAGGCGGCUUCAUCCGGCAGCUCAAAUGGAAACAGUUCAGCAGAGAGCUCAGCUCCAGAGGAGGGUGAGGUGUCGGACUCUGACAGUAACAGCUCAUCCUCCAGCUCUGAUUCUGACUCGUCAUCAGAGGAUGAGGUUUUCCGGGACGGUUAUGGAGACGAUCUAAUGGGGGAUGAGGAGGACAGGGCCCGAUUGGAGCAGAUGACGGAAAAAGAAAGAGAACAGGAGCUGUUUAACCGUAUAGAGAAGAGAGAAGUCCUCAAGAGGAGGUUUGAAAUCAAGCAAAAACUGAAAACGGCAAAGAAGAAGGAAAAGGAAGAAAAGAAGAAGAAACAGGAGGAGGAGCAAGAGAAGAGAAAACUGUCUCAGGUCCCUGACACUCAGGUGGUGAUGUCCCAUAACAAAGAGAGACGGAUCAAGAGAGAUGAGAAGCUGGACAAGAAGUCACAGGCCAUGGAAGAGCUGAAAGCAGAAAGAGAGAAGAGGAAAAACAGAACCGCUGAGCUCCUUGCCAAAAGGCAGCCACUGAAGACAAGUGAGGUCUACUCGGAUGAUGAAGAGGAGGAGGAUGAUGAUGAUGACAAGUCUUCAGUAAAGAGUGACCGCAGCUCAAGGUCAUCAUCUUUUGAUGACGAGGAGGAGAAAGAAGAGGCUCCGCCCAAGUCCCAGCCAGUAUCAUUACCAGAUGAGCUGAAUCGGAUCCGGCUGUCCCGGCACAAGUUAGAGCGCUGGUGUCACAUGCCAUUCUUUGCUAAAACUGUCACUGGUUGUUUUGUUCGAAUUGGCAUUGGAAACAGCAGCAGCAAGCCUGUUUAUCGGGUGGCUGAAAUCAUUGAUGUGGUGGAGACGGCUAAAAUUUAUCAGUUGGGGUCCACACGGACAAAUAAAGGCCUUCAGCUCCGACAUGGAAAUGACACGCGAGUCUUCAGACUUGAGUUUGUGUCCAAUCAGGAGUUCACUGAAAGCGAAUUCAUGAAAUGGAAAGAGGCGAUGAUAUCAGCUGGAAUGCAGUUUCCUACUCUGGAUGAGAUCGGCAAAAAAGAGCAGUCCAUCAAAGAGGCGGUCAACUACAAAUUCAAUGACAAAGACAUUGAGGAUAUUGUCAAAGAAAAAGACAGAUUCCGAAAGGCUCCACCAAACUACGCCAUGAAGAAAACGCAGCUUUUUAAAGAGAAGGCCAUGGCUGAGGAGAGUGGUGAUGGAGAGAAGGUAAAAGUACUGCAAGAUCAGUUGAAUGAGCUGGAGGAGAGGGCAGAAGCACUUGACCGACAGAGAACCAAAAAUAUCUCUGCCAUCAGCUAUAUCAACCAGAGGAAUAGGAGUUGGAACAUUGUGGAGUCUGAGAAGGCAUUGGUGGCAGAGGGUCAGAACUCGAAGAACCAGCAGAUGGAUCCGUUCACCAGGCGGCAGUGUAAACCAACUAUGGUGUCCAAUGCGAGAGAUCCCUCAGUCCAUGCCGCGAUUUUGGCUCAUCUCAACCAGAAGUACGGUUCCGGCUCAGGCCAAGACAACAGCCAGCAGGCUAAUAAACAGGGCCAGCCUAGCCAGAAAGACAAAGACGUUACCAAGCCAAACAGUGACCUCUCAGAGGACCUUUUUAAAGUUCAUGACUUUGAUGUUAAAAUUGACCUGCAGGUUCCUAAUGCUGAAGCAAAGUCUUUGGCGGUGAGUUCGAAUGCAUUACCUGUUAAAGAUGGGGCACCACGCCGAUCUCUCAACCUGGAGGACUACAAGAAGAGACGAGGACUCAUCUGACUUACGUUUUUUUUAUCCUCUCCUGCAUGAUUGGACACCUGUGCCGGGGGUCUACAGCUGCGGCCACCCCUGUGUGUGUGUGUGUGUGUGUGUGUAUGGGAAAGUGUGUGUGAGUGUGUUUGGGAA